AUGUCCGUCUCUCUUCCACCCUUACCGGAAGAAUUAAAAUCUCUAAAUCCUUAUCUCCAACGAGCAACCGAGCUCGAAAAACGAGAACCUGUUAUCGCUUAUUAUUGUAGGUAUUAUGCCGCUAAACGUGCACUCACCAACGGAACAAAAACUGCCGAAUCAAACGCUUUUCUGAAUAAACUACUCGAUCUACUUGAGGCAGAAAAAAAAUCCCUCGCUGGAAAUGAAGCCGUGACUAAUGAUAUUGCUGGGAGUGCUUAUGUCGAGAAUUUCGCUCUCAAGAUAUUCAUUAAUGCAGACAACGAAGAUCGUCAGGGAAAAGCGUCUAGGAAGACUGCCAAGACUUUUUUGGCUGCUGCAAUAUUUUUAGAAAUUUUGGAGACAUUUGGCAACCUUGAACCAGAGACGCAGGAGAAAAUCAAAUACGCAAAGUGGAAAGCGGGGGAUAUUGCCAAAGCAAUACGUGCUGGUAGAGCGCCGACACCAGGUCCACCUGGAGGUGAGAAACCGGCGUUUGCCGAUCCCAGUGAUGGGUUGAAUGCUUCUGACGCUGCUGUCCAGCCAGCUUCGUAUGCCAAUAAUUUUCCCUCCGCUCCUUUGACUGGAACAACGGCCUCGUUGGGUGCAGCAGAUAGUGCAACACAACCGCAAACCUGGGCUUCCUUUCCCACGCCGCCUGGCCUGCAUGACAGUCACCAGCGACCCCAAGGAACAACGUUUUCGUCCAAUUCUUCAUUGAACUUUCAGAUUUCGGAUUUUCCUCGACAAUCAGCACCGCAAGACUCACAGCGUCAACAAGAAAAUCCACAGAUACAGCAACAUCCUCAGGUUCCGCCCCCGCUACCGCCUAAAAUCGCUGAUUUUUCCAUGUUUCCGGCUCCUAACCCAUAUAUUCAAUCAUAUUCAUACCAACAAUCUCCCGCGUCUCAGCAGUACCAACACCAACAGCAUCAACAACCACAGUCGCCUACCACGUCUGGUCCACCUCAGAACCCUGUUGAGAUAGAUCCACUUGUUAUUGCCGAAGCUCAGAAAUAUGCUAAAUGGGCUUCCAGUGCGUUGAAUUAUAACGAUAUUAAAGCCGCAUUGAAUAAUCUCCGAAAGGCACAGGAAUUGAUAGAGCAAUAUAAUAGAUAA